AUGAUAAGGGGACCCAAAUAUUAAAUACAAAAUAUUCAGGAGCUUUGCAGAUCUCACUUUGAUGAUGAUUAAGAUCCAGAAAUAGAUCAAAAUGUUAGAGUUGACAAAUUUGGAAACCCUAUUAAUAAAUCAUUAAAAUUUCACAUCUGUUUUAGAGAUGAAAUCCUUCCUUCUCAAUAAAUAUUUGAUAUUCAUAUUGUGGAAAAUUGGAAAAACUAUAAUCUGAUUGAAGAAAAAGAGGAAUCGGAUGCUUGUUGUAAACAAUUUUGUUAGAUUAUAUGA